GAAUACAGGAUUUUGAAAAUAAAUUCCAGUCGCUUUCCCAAAAUGCAGGCAGGGUCUAGCAAAUAUGUAAUCAAGGGGAAUAUAAGGGAAGCUUUAGGUCUAAGCUCCCAGAAGUUGUGGUAGCUUUGCACACCAUAAAUAGUUCUACCAUGUUGAUAGUAGGUUCUUUGAAGGUGAAUGUGACAUUACCGCGAUUAUUAUUUUGUGUUCUUUUUUUAUAUAUACGUUAAAUUACUUUAUACAUUCUCUUUCGCAAAAGACCGGCUACCACAAAAGUUUUGUGUUGUUGUUGACGGAGGAUUUGUAAGGUGUAAAACACUAGAGGACAAAAAAAACACUAGAGGACAAAGGUCAAAGGCGAAGGGUUACCGAUCCGUCUCAACAUGGCAGCUUGCAUUUGCAGCAGGAGUGGAUUUCCAGCGUUUAGACGUUCUUCGUUUCCCUGCCACGGGAAAGUGUUUUCGCCAUCGGUGCAUUUGGUGCCGAGAUUCACAGUGCCCGAGUGCAGCACUGUGUUCAGGGAGUCUUCGAGCGGACAGUCCCAGCACAGUGAGAAGUACUGCCUUGAUCUUGUCAGGGUGAGAGACUAUGAGGGGUUCAUCUGUUCCCUGUUAAUGCCUGUGGCCUUGCGUCGGUCCUCCAUUGCACUGAGAGCUUUCAACGUGGAACUGGCUCAGGUGAAGGACGCAGUGUCGCAGAAGACUAUAGGCCUGAUGCGGAUGCAGUUUUGGAAGAACGCUGUGGAGGAGAUCUUCAGGGAUGAGCCCCCACAUCAGCCAGUCACAGCUGAACUCUGGAGGGCAGUGAAGAAACACAGUCUGACUAAGAGGUGGCUCUUAAGGAUCAUUAAAGAAAGAGAGAAAGAUCUGGAUGAUAGGGCUUACAGAAGCCUUCCAGAGCUGGAGUCCUACUCAGAGAACACUCAAUCCUCUCUGCUGUAUCUGCUUCUGGAAUCCCUAGGCGUGAAGGAUGUCCAUGCAGACCAUGCUGCCAGUCACAUAGGAAAGGCCCAGGGAAUAGUCACGUGUCUGAGAGCAACCCCCUACCACAGCCGGAGACGCAGGGUUUACCUCCCCAUGGAUAUCUGCAUGCUGCACGGCGUUUCGCAGGAGGACUUCAUUCGGGGCAGUGGGGAGCAGAAGGUGCGGGACGUGGUGUUUGACAUUGCCAGCCAGGCUCACGUGCAUCUCCAUCACGCCAGAUCGUUCAGCAAAAAUGUACCUUUGAAUGCCUCCCCAGCCUUUUUGCAAACGGUGGCACUGGAGGACUAUUUAGAGAGAGUGAGGAGAGUAGAUUUUGAUGUUUUUCACCCAAGCCUUCAAAAGAGAAACCCUCUCCUUCCACUCCAAUUAUACAUCAAAUCGUGGAAAAGAACAUACUGACGGUUGUGUCUUUCCUUGUUAUUGUUGUGCCAGAGACGGAGUGCUGCCUCAUUGACUGUGUGACGUGACUAAUAAAUCUUAAAAUGUA